CGCAAGCUCCUCUUCAUCGCCUGUUUCAUAAGACGCAAACCACCCCGCUGCAGCUUCCACCAUGGCAAACGUCAAUUGGCGCACCAUCAACAUCGAUGCCCUCGACCCCGACAGCCCCGCCAACUUUGACCUGAGCUCGCUGGCGCCCACCACGACGCCCGUGUCGACGGCCGACGUGCAGAACAAUGCCCAGCAGAUACGCCAACUGCUGCGCAGCGGCGACAACGAGGGCGCGCUGCAGGGCGCAUUGGUGAACCCGCCCUAUGGCGCCGACGACAAGGGAAAGGAGGCCCACCUCGCUGCCGUUGUCGAGAUUCUCCAGUCGAUACGCCAAUCCGACAUGUCGCCCAUGCUCAGCCGGAUCUACAGCUCGCCGGGUGGAACAGAGGCCCUCGAUGUAUUGAUCAAGUACAUCUACAAGGGCAUGGCACAGUCGAAUCCAACUGGCAACACGACGCGCAACAUCACGCCCCAGCCUACAGGCUUCUCGCAGAUCCAUAGCCGAGGCGGUGGUGAAGGCGGCGGCCAGGCCAUGAGUGUAUUACUCAGCUGGCACGAAAAGCUUGUGGACAUUGCUGGCCCAGGCUCCAUCGUGAGGGUCAUGGCUGAUCGGCGGACGGUCUGAACUGGUGGCCCUGAAGUGCUGCCUAGUGUGGUGCGUUACAUAUAACAAGAUGAGCCCGAGCGGUUAAAUUUCAGCCCAAUGGUCCAAAGAGACGGUCCCUGUUGACGGGCACACCAGACACAACAAGGUCCAGAGCACGAUGAAAUGCAAAUAAUCCAACUUCUCUUUGUCUCGCUCCCUCGCUCCUCUAUCCGUAAGCCGUGAGCCAAGAUCUACAGCGCCCGUCUCCCGGCGGGCCCGACGAGAGAGAGAGAGAGAAAGAGAAAGAGCAGGACGACACGAGC